CAGAUAUCUUUAUUCACCCAGGUAUUAAUAAAAUACAUAAGGGGUUUACAAAAUAAUAUUUUACAAUAUUUAUGUUCCGGUUGUAAAGUAAGAGUUCACAAUAAAUGCAGAUAAACUUAAGCAACAAAACGCAGUAACAACGAAUAUGUUUUCAGUAUAAUUUUAAAUUUGAAUUAAGCAAUCAUUUUUGGUAAUCGUUUUAAUUCGACUAAUUACUUUGCUGAUUAACUAAUUAAUUAGAAAUACGCAAUUAAAGCCUUUAAUUAUUAUUAAUAAAAAUCCAAUUAUCAAACAAUUAAAUGAUGAUUGAUUUUAAAUGGCCAUUAACUUUGUUUGAUCUUCCUUUUAUGUACAUGUGAUCAAAAGAAAAAUAUCUCUCUGCAAUAAGCAGUGUUCAACUUAUUAAAGUAAAUUAACGAAACAAUUAAAAUGCAAACUGUAAAACAAUGGACCAUUGCAGUAUAAAUAUCCAGACGGCACAAGACCCAAGCCAUAAAACCUUUUACCUCAUAAAAUAUACACUGAGCAAAAUUAUACCAAGCCAGGUCAUUACCUUAAUACACAAAAUUCAUAGUCUUAUAAUAUAUAAUAGACUUCAUCUGCCUACAAAUAAAUCAGCAUGGACAUUAUCUCAGCAGCGUGUUUUCUUCGCAACAAGUUGGUGGCUCUUCACAACAGUGAUAUGACUGUAUCACAACUUGAGAAUGCUAUAGCCAAUGUGGACCAGCAGAGUAUGAUGUCAGUCAUAGAAGAUAAACAGUCUCAUCAUCUUCGUCUACUUCUCCGUUUGUCUGUCAACGAAGGAGUGUGUCACAUGUACAAGCAGUAUUCCAGCAGAAAAUGGACUGAGGUACAAAAGACAGCAUCAGCGAUCAAGUCCAGUUUAGAAGCAGACGAUAAUGUACAGAUGAAUAUUAACACUUCAUCAUCAGCAACAAGUGGGCAAACGUUCCAAGAUAGGGCUGCCGGAGUGUGGACCAGCGUGGUUUGUGAGUUGUCCAGAUGUGAUUGAUAAUACAGAAUACAAUGUGCCUUUUUAGUGCUUUUCAUAUAUUAUUUUGUUGUUGUGUAAACUUGUUGUUACUGCUGUGCUAAAAUGUGUUAUUUGAUUACAAUAUUAUGAAUAAAAUACAAAAAAAUAGAUGGUGUUGGUCUUUAUUAGAAUUAAGAAUGCUAAGCUGUGUAAUAGAAAUAUCAAAAGUGUGUAACGAUUUAGUUUGAAACAGAUAUGAACU